AUGACGACGUCCGAAAGAUACGAAACGCUCUUGCCGCAAGCACAAGCACAAGUACAAGCACAAGCACAAGCCCAGAACAGCUCCAAAAUCGAAGCCGAUCAGAAUUCGACAUUGACGAGCGCUGCAAAUAAUCUCCAAGAUGCGCUUGGGGAUCCAGAAGUGGCCAGCAUUCAUGUCGUCCCGAUUGCUCCGUCGGCUUUCCAGCGUGACCAGUACCAAAACAAUAUCUACUUUGAGAAGAAACUCAUCGAACAAGUCAUGAAUACCGGAGGAGCUUUGAAUCACGAGACCCUUGUCCGCACCAAUAAGUUUCUGGAGACGUUGCGUAAGAUCGCUCUGCACCCUGACCUUAUAAACCCAGAAACCUUGUCGCAGACCACCGAAAACGAGAUUCAAGCAAAGUGGGACAUCAAGACUAGUGCCAAGUUUGAGUUCUUGAACGAAUUCAUCAGGCACGUUUCUGACCACAACAUACAUGUUGCCGUCGUGGCGCAUGGGGAGAGAAUUCCGACUAUGCUCCAUAACUUCUUUCAAGGUAUCAAGGUGCCGUGCAAGAGGUGGUUGCAUCCUUCCAGUACCGACCCCGACUUGAGCCCAGUAAAUCUCGGCGUCAAGGUUUCUAUUAUCGAUCUGGAUGGUGGACUACAAAAUGUGGAGCGUGCAGAUGUGGUUAUUGCAAUGGAUCCUCUCGUGGACUAUAGGCAUCCGUUGGUACGUGCGGCACGAAAUCAGACGGGCGACCAGGACAAGUGGUCUUUACUGUUACCGCUUGUGCUUCCGCAUACGCUUGAGCAUAUCGAGCGGUCCUUGCAAGCAGACCUACCGCCUUCGAUUCGGACCAAAAUCCUUGCCAAGGCUACGAACGAAUUUCGUUGGGAAGCAGGACGGCUAGAAAGCACACAAUCACCUUUGAAGCACGCGGCCUCCGCCAUCGCCGAGUUUCUGGACGACACUUCCGCAGACUGGCCAAUUGCAGCACUGAGCCAGCUUGACGAAAUGGACAGUCAGACAGAGAGUGAUUUACAGGCAGACUCUCACGGCGUAAAGCGAUCUGUGGAUGACACGGGAACAAACAUUACUGCCGAGACCAAACGUGCACGACUGAACUCAGUGUCUGGGACGCAGCUCCCCACUACUAUCAACCCCCUCGAAUUGGACAUAACCCAUGUUAGCGACUCACUUGACAAGGGCACAGAGUCAAACAUGGAUAUGGUAGACGCACCCGGAGCCUCACCAAGCACAGAGCAGCGGCUCCGAGAAAUUCUACAAGGCGUACAGGAUCGUCUUGAUGAGCAUGUCAAAGCGCUGGAAGAUUUGCAGUACAGACAUGAAGAUCAGCGAAAACAUCUCGUUGAGGUCAAAAAAGAGCGUGAUGCUGCUAGGUUAGCGGCAGAAGCGGCGCAUGCUCGAAUGGCAGGUGCGGAAGCGAACAAUGCGACCCUGCGCAUUGAACGAACGCAACUGAAGGAGGCGCUCGCAGAAGCAAAGAGUGGACUGCUCAGCCAUGCCGUUCCUGAAAUGCGCGAACUCGAAGCGGUGCGAAUGUCUGCCGAGGCAGCAAAGCUCGAGGAAGAGAAGGCGAGGAAGAAGAGCGCAGCAGCAGAAAAGGAGCUCGAAUGGACGCGGUCUAUGUAUCAGGAUUCCUCCAACAGAGCUCGCGAGCUUGCGCAGAACAACGCCGAGCUCGAGACGCGCCUCGCUCUCGCAUCACAUACGGCACAAGGAGAACAAGCCCGAGCUCGGGAGAUAUCAAUCCAGGGUCACAACAAGGCACUCGAGCAGGAGUGCCAGAAGCUGACCGCACAACUCGAAAACUGUAGACUUGCCUUGAAGAAUAAAGACGAGCAGAUUGCUUCGUUGAAGGAGGGAAGAGGGAGGAUUGGAACUAGAGGAAGCUCUGUCCCACGGAGUCCCAGGAUGGGAAGUCCGAUGAAAGGAAGAGUGAGUAGACAGCCGAGUCCGGCUGCUGCUGCUGCUGCCGAUAGUAGAGGGAGGGGAGCACAUUUGCAUCCACUCAGGAACAGCGCCGGUACUUAG